AAUCAAUCACACCCUCGUAGAUCCCUUUUGUUUUGUUGUUGUUCAUAUGUUUUGAUUGCAGGUGAAAUCAGUAACGAAUUAGAAGCUUCAUGGGGCACACUGGUUCUUCAUCUAGAAGAAAACACUCAAAUAAAAAGACUCUCAAGGGUUACCGGAAAAAGAAAAGUAGAAGUAAGUCGAAGAAGCUUCGUCGUCAUCGUGACGAUUUGGAUUCGUCGAGUUCGGAUGAUGAAUCCGCUAGUUCAUCGCUUAAUUCGUUAUCUAGUUCGGAAGGUGAGUAUAGAAGUAAAAGGGAUCGUUCGCGCUCACAAAGUGGAGUAAAGGGUAGUAAGAAACGGAAGAGACGAAGGUACUCGAGUGAGGAUAGUAGUGAUGAUUCGCUACCCGUGAAGAAACGAAAACGGUCGAAAAAAAGUAAAAAGAUCAAGAAAAAGAAGAAGAAGAGUUCGAAACGCGAUGGUUAUGUUAGUUCUGCAAGCAGUGAUUCAGGAAGCUGCUCGACGUGUAAAGACGAAGAUAUCAGUAGCGAUGAACUGGGUUCACGCGAGAGGUCGAGGGGUAGGUCCAGAGAAAAGCGAAAGGGUCAUAGAGAUUCAACCAAGGGUAGAAUUGGAAAUAGGAAGAACAGGAGUGAAGCUAGAAGGUCUAUUUCACCAAGCAGCAGUUACGGCAGUGAAAGGACUGAGAAUACGACGAUGGAAAACAACCCGGUGAGGUUAAGAUCGGUUAUUACGGUUGCAAACGUAGAGAACGAAGAAGACGACAAUAUGAAAAAUGACGAGCUUAAAGAAGAGACUGUGUAUGAUUAUGAUGAUUACCCGUCUAGUAAAAGCAAUGAUAGCGUUGAAUUAGACGGUCGUUUUAAUUAUUCUCCUGAUAAAGAAAGUGUGGCUAAAGAAGUAAACUCUGGUUCUAUACUUGAUGAUAAUAAGGGAAAAGAGAGCAAUGUUUCUGAUGAUUUGGAGUCAAUUUUGAGACAAAAAGCGUUAGAAAAUUUAAGUAGAUUUCGAGGUGGGACUAAAACGAAACCAGUAGCUCCUGUUGAUGAUAAACCUAAGAGCGAUCAAACCGACGUUAAGCAGUUGACAACACGUGAAACCGUUAGCAUGACACCGGUGUCGCAGCCAGUACCACACAGGAGUAGGUUUACGUGGAGACGAGAUCCUUCUGCGGCAACAGGGAAAGAUGAAAAGGCUGCAACUUACAACGAGCCGCACUCUAGUGGAUCACAGCCAGCUGAACUUAAGUUACCGACGAGCAGGGUAGAUAAUAAGAUAUUGAAUGAGACAUCGAUGGUCGAUAUCGAUAAUGUUGACCAAAAGUCAACUGCCGUUGUUGAAACACCCUCUUCUGCGCCUAAACAAGAAGGUAGCUCUAAGGAGCAGCAGAAUGAAAGCAAUGACAACUCGCAGUUUGAGAAGAAGACAAUGUCUGUGAUGAGGGGUGGUGAAAUGGUGCAGGUAAGCUACAAGGUUUACAUCCCAAACAAAGCACCCGCUUUGGCUAGGAGGCAACUUAAGCGGUAACUUGUAAUAAUACAUACACGUAUGCAUUUUUUUUUGUCAAGGUUUCAUAAACGAAUACCUGCAACAAGUGAGUUGUAAGUUAAAAAAAAAAAGACAUGUUUUGGUCAUCUUUUCCAGUAAUACGAGAAACAUGUAUGUUUUAAUUUUAUCUUGUAAGGAAGUAAAUUUUGAAUACA